GUACGUAAAUAACGCUCCGCUUGAGGGAGCUAUACACGAAUUCGUCGUUAGAGCACGAUUAUCGUUAUCGACACAUGUUUUUUGUUUUUAUGGUCGACUUGUUUACCCGUGAUUACGAAAUAGAGAUUGUUUAUCAUCUGUGAACAUGGACCCCGUUGGUGUUAUAAAAGCAGGGGAUUCUGUAAUAUUAAAACGAGGAAAUGAUCUGAAAUUGAUGAAGAUUUUUAGAAAUAGGAAUAUUUUCCUUUCGAAGAGGAACUUUAGUAUUGACCCUGCCAUUGGCAAACCUUACGGAACAGUGUGGGAUGUGGUUGACAGAACUAUAAAACAAGUAGAAUCUGAACAGAAAGAACAAGAAUCUGAAGGUAGCUCUGGCGGACAUGACAACAGGUCGCUUGUUGAUGAUGGACGAUCGCAACGCCUGACAAGAGACGACAUAGUAGCUAUGAAAUCUCAAGGUGUGCAAGGACAGGAGCUGGUUGAGCAGAUUGUGGAACACAGCACAACUUUCAAAAGCAAGACAGUGUUCUCACAAGCAAAAUAUCUAAAGAAGAAAAAGAACAAACAUCUGUUGAGAUUCCGGAUACUAAGACCGAGCAUAAGACUGCUGUGUGAUGCGUACAUGUUGAAAGGACCUUCAAAAAACCUAUACAUAAGAAUGGACACUAUGUCACAGAUUUUAACUCAAGGAAAUAUACAAGCUGGUUUAAAUGUCCUGCUUGUUGAAACGUGUCAGGGCUUGCUGUUGAGUGCAGUGGUGGAGAGAAUGGCUGGCCAUGGGAAACUUGUACAAAUCCACUCGGAAGACAUUCCUGUUCGCCAGGCAUUUGACUCUUACAACUUUCCUGAGGAAUACAAAAAAGUAAUUCACUCGUUUCCAAUGAACCAGGUGGCAAGUAUCUUUCAGGAGGAGGUGGAGGAAUGCAAAAUGGAUGAAGAGGUGUCCGUUUCAAAAAAGCAAAGAUUAGAAGGGGAGCCAGAAUGUAGUGCGCCCUCAUUGGCUGAAAGGAAUGAACCCAGUGAAGAAGGUGAUGAGAAGGCCGACAGUGAGCAAAUGGUCUGCGAUGAAAAAGAUGUACCAAGCGAAGACCAAUCAUGUGAAAAUGUCAAGCAAACGCAAAUGGCUAUUGACCAGGAAAGGAAGCUUAAAAAGAAAUUGUUACUGAACGAAGCAAGGAGUAUUUUGAAAGCAAAAAAUAUGGAUGUGUUAUUGAUUGCUUCGAAGUUCCAACCAGAACCUUUGCUGAUGACUUUAAUAGAUUUGGUUUUGCCUUCAAGACAAGUUGUUGUCUAUAGUCCAUUCCGUGAGGCCCUUGUAGAGUGUUACACUAAACUGCGUAAACAUGGAGGUGUCGUUAAUAUAAGUAUUACAGAGACAUGGCUUAGGGAAUAUCAGGUUCUUCCUGAUAGAACUCAUCCAAUGAUGACAAUGAAUGCAUCCGGAGGUUUUUUACUGACUGGCACAACAGUGACUCUAGACCAUUGAAACAACCACAGUAAAUUUAUUGUUUAAACUAAGAGCGAAUGUCCUGAUGGUUGUGGUGCGGUUGGUAGUCUAGAUUCCGUACUGUUAAUUUCUCACGUGCCUGAACAAAACGCUUAACUGUGUCUCUCUCCACCCAGAGCAUAAAUGGGUACCUGGUAGAAUUAUUUUGAAUUAAAUUGGUAUACAGUAACGCUGACUUAGCUACAUCACUACAAUAUAAUAGGAGCUGUCGUCGUGGCUGUUGUGGUGCAGGUUCAGAAUUUGGAUUCCAUGCUGUACGAUUCGCUUGUGUCUUCGGGCAAAAUAUCUAUGUAUAUCUUUCUCCACCCAGAGUAUAAAAGGGUACCUGGUAGAAUUAUUUUGAAUGAAUCUGGUAUACAGCAGUGCUGACUUAGCUUUGAAAACUCCCCAGGAAGUGAAGAAGUUUGCUGUUGUUAAUCCAAUGUCAAAUACUUUUCUCCUUCCUGAAUAUGACCCAAUGAAGGUCUAAAAAUUGAAAAUCAUUGUCUACUCCUACAGAAAAUAAAUGUAUAUAGUUAAUCUUAAA